UCAAAGUACAAAACGGAGUGUCAUACAGUACAACACAGAGAACGUAAUAUUGCAGUCAUUUCUGUAAACAAACAAGGAUAUUAACAUUUAAAUAUGAAUAACUGUAGAAAUGUCAUUAAGCUAAGAUGCCCUUAUCUGUUAAAGAGAGAUCAGCUAGGUACAGACAGAAAUUGAAGGGAAAUCCUGUUCUCAGGGAGGAAAAACUAGCAAAGAGAAAAGAAAGCUAUCAUAGAAGAAAACAAGCUCUCAAUGGCAGAAAUCCAGAUCACCCUUCAAUUAAAGAUGUUUCUGCAGCUGAUGCUGAAAAAAGAAGAGAACAUUGGAGAGAAACUCAGAAGAAGUUCAGAAAGAAACAAAAGCAAGCAAAAGCGGUGCUUGACCUCACCCCAGAUUCAUUUGAAGCACCACCUGAAAACAUUGUUAAUAUACCGGAGCCUGAACCAAUACCACUACAAGAGGUGGAACAAAGGCCUCUGUCCCCUACACAUGUGGUGAAUGCUCCUCUGGCUUCUUCCACUCCAGAAAGACUACCAAUGCGCUUUAAAAAACUCAAAAAGCAGAAGAGAGAUCUGAAUAAACAACUUGCUGCUCUUCAAAAACAACUGUCACAAACAAAACAAAGGUGCAACACAUUAAAUAAGCUUUUGAAAAGGUCAAAAAAGACUAGAAAAGCAAAAGAAAAAGUAGCUAGGAGUGAGAUGGUGUUGAAGGCUAAACAAAGGAAAGAGAGCGUGAUCUCAUUCCUCUGUAGAGAUGAGAACAGUCGCCUUCUGCCUGGAAAAAAAGACACAAUAACCAAAAACAAGGUAAGAACACAGAGGCGUGUCCUUACUAAAACAAUGAAAGAGCUCCAUGCGCUUUACAUCUCGGAGGUGGACACAAAACUCUGUGUGUCUUACAGACAAUUUUUACGUCUGCGGCCAUUCUACGUCACUGAGCCUAAGACUAGUGAUCGAAACACUUGUGCCUGUAUCGACCACGAAAAUGUGGCACUUCUUCUGGAUAAAUUCUAUCAAAAUGGCCUUUUGAAAACAAAAAGCACAUCCGAGAUGCUAUCUGCAAUUGUGUGUGACACACACAAAAAACAAUGCAUGUACCGUCUUUGCUCCAAAUGCUGUUAUAAUGAAAUCGAAAUGACCCUACCUGAAGAUCGAAGAGAAAUUCAGUGGCAGCAGUGGGAAAGAGAAAAGACUGUAGAAGACGACCGCACAUUCACACACUUCAUAAAGAAAACACACACUGGAACAUGGACUGAACUCCUGCUACUUCUGAACAGAAAACUUGAUGCUCUCGCAAAACACCAGUACAUCUGGUUACACCAAGUAGCGCAGUGCAGGACUUUAAAGGAGACACUUUUUGAAAAUGAGGCUGUAGUCCAUAUGGAUUUUUCUGAAAAUUAUGGCUGCAAACUCAGCACUGAAGUGCAAUCGUUCCAUUUUGGAGGAAGCAGACAACAAGCCACCAUCCACACAAGUGUGGUUUAUACCAAAGAGGAGACCCAGUCCUACGCCACAAUUUCAAAGAGUCUGCGGCAUGAUGAGCGGGCAGUCUGGGCCCAUCUGCAACCUGUUUUGGAAGAUUUGAAGAAGAGAAAUCCAUUGGUGUCUGUGGUACACUUCAUGAGUGACGGGCCUUUAACCCAAUACAGAAAUAAGAAGAAUUUCUAUUUGAUCAGCACAGUUCCCUUUCUCCUUGGGUUUCAGGAAGUUACCUGGAAUUUUUCUGAAAAAAAUCAUGGAAAAGGUGCACCCGAUGGUGUGGGUGGUGCGGUCAAAAGGUGUGCUGACAACGUUGUAAGAAUGGGUGGAGACAUACAGUGCCCAGAAGAUCUAUACAAAGUGUUGCGAGACAAGGAGUCUACAAUCAAAUUCUUCUGGAUUGCUGACAGUGAUGUGGCCAAGUAUGAUGAAGCGGUCCCUGAGAAGUUGCCUCCUGUUAAAGGCACACUGAAAGUUCAUCAGAUCACCACAAAGGUACCUGGGAAAUUUUGGCACCGAGAAGUAUCAUGUUUCUGCUCCCGCACCAACACCACAUGUGUGUGUGAUUCACCAACAGAGAUUAAUUUUAACAGAGAAGUAGAGGUCAGCCCACAAGCUGAAGCAGUCUCUGCCCCUGCCCCGGCAACUGCUGAAAAUUUAAAUGGCAAAUUUGUUAUUGUGCAGUACGAGGACCUGCCAUUCGUUGGGCAGGUACUGCUGUCUGUAGGAGAUGAGGUACAAAUUAGCUGCAUGCUACAAAAGGGAAACAGAAAUAACUUUGUGUGGCCAAGUCCACCAGAUGAAAUUUACUACUUCAAGACAGACGUCAAAUUUGUUAUCGCAGAACCUGAGCCAUCUUCAAAUAGAGCCUCAAGGUUAGCAGAAAAGGACUGGGAAACAUUUGUUCAGUUCAUGAACUGAAAUGUUAUAAACCUUAGACACCCAUUAGAAAUGCUAUCUCUACACAGUACUGAAUUUCUGUUCUGAUGAAUUAAGAGUUAAAGCCCAAGGCUGUUUUGAUAUUAAAAAGCUGUUUUUAACUAGUUAAACACUAACAUAUUUUUAAAUGUUUGAAAUACUGAAAGUUA